UGCCGUCCGAGACGCGCGCAACGAAGGUGAUGAUCGGCAUGAUGGCACACGAGCUUUUAGUGUCUUGUCUUCAAUUGGCUUCGUGGCACCUUUCUACUUUCACUCUUAUUUGAGAGUAUUAAAAACCGUUUCUAAUUAAUUCGGAGUACUGGAUUCUAAUGUGACGCACACUAAUAAUCCGCUAAGCAAGAUGGCGACUGGACCGUCGUACUCGGCGGCGCAGGUGAACAACUGCGCGUUCGCGGCUUGGUAUCCGCAGCUUAAACGCGUGUGCAUCAAAGGUGAAGUGGUUCCUCUACCGACUGAGUUCGUAUCUUUGCUGCUAGCGGACGGAGUGACGCUCCCAUCGGCUCCUGUAGCGUCUGGGAUCGUAGAUGAAGAUGAUGACGAAGAAGUAGAUGCUGCCAGCGCGCUUACAGACGAUCAACUCGCUGUCAUCUCUUCAGUUAAAAGGAAGGUGGAGAAGGUGUUGCAGGAUUUUGGCGGCAAACUCUUCCCAAAGACCAAUUGGAGUGCACCACGUGACGCUGCGUGGAUGCUCGGUUCACUCAAGUGCACGAACUUCGAGGACAUAUUUUUGCUGCUCCAGGCCUCAGACUUUGUCGUACACGACCUCACGCAGCCUUAUAUUGGCUGCAGUGGUGAGAAUACCGAGAAUUCGCCGACAGAAAGCUACCUGGUGCUCAAAAAGUGGUGCAAUUUCCUGGACUCGAUGCUGUUCCGGUGCUUUGUCGUCGGUCGCCGUCUCGUGGCUGUGUCGCAGCGUAAUUGUGACGAGUUUUACGAGUUCUUGCCAGACCAGCAGGACGAGCUCUGUGAGCUGCUGUACGAGUUCUACAAGAAGAACUUCCGCAAGGCUGAAGGCGAGUUCUUAUUCCCGGACCCUAACUACAGUUUUGAUGUUUAUGUGGACAAGCGUCACCGCGUCUACCUGCUGGACAUCAACGUGUUCGGUGCAGUUACGGAUACGCUGCUCUUCUCAUGGGAAGAGCUGCUGGAGUUCCAGACUGAGAGCCCAGCGACGCCGCAGGAUACAGAAGACGAGCACCAUGUGGUCGACUUCCGGGUGGUUGAGUCCAAGAAGGGAAUCCGUGCGAACCCUCUGAGCGGGUAUCGAGCACCAACGGAUCUAGUAGAUCACCUCGCAGGUGGAGCUGGCUUUGAAGCCUUCAUUGAACAAGUCAAACGCGACAACGCCGCUGAUAGUGAUAGUAGUGACGAGGAGAGUUAGAGAUUGGUAAAUUAGAAAAACAUUCCGUGUUGUUGGAUAAUGUCUUUCGUCUUUGC